AUCUCUAAUCUUGCUUUGGUCUUUCUGUGGAGCCCAGCCCCAAUUCUGAAGCUAGCCGAGGAGUGCUGACAGCCAUUUGAUAAAGUAGCUUACCAAAAACCACUCUUACUUUGAAGAUGCUAAGAUAUUUACGAGUUCUAUGGCAGCAAAUGGACUGUAAGGAAGACUAAUAUAUUUUACAAUAUCACAGGUGUAUAUUCAGCCUGUGAACAAUCUGACAUUUUGAAGUAUGCCUUUGUCUUACACCUUUGAAGGGCUUCUGUUUCCAUAAGCAUACUGCUUAUAACCACGCUGAUGUUUUUGUGUGUCUAAAUUUACAAAUUCUUGGUUGUGCCCUUGAGCAGGCUCCCUUUCUUGUGUGGAGCUUGGAGAGUUCCAACUGAGCUGCAAGUCAGGAAAAGGAGGUGUAGACUUUUGGGCUGUGCCGCUCAGCAGCUAGAAUGUGGUUGGCGGUCUCCUCCCCUUCCUGCACUUCAGCCGUACGCAGUGCACACUCUGGAAUGACAGGCAUUCCUGAGCGGAGAGAGGCAGUGUGAAGACAUAUUUGAAAGCACUGCAAGUGGCCCAGACCUGAACACGGGGGCAUGGAAACUCCGGCGGAUUAAUUGAGCUCGUACUGUUUCCUGGUGUUUGUUUGGCAGUGACACCAAGAGAGGAUUGUGUGUCCCCUCCUUACGUGGAUUUGUCUUUUUAAGAAGUUUGCUUUUGCCCAGGAGAGUUUGUUGUCGUGAGAUACAUCAGACAAUUUAAUCAUGGGGCAAGCUGAUGUCUCCAGACCGGUAAAUCCAGAUGCAGUUGAAGAAGCCGGCCAGACCACUGCAGAUCCCGGCAUGGUCAUGGGCAGUGUGGAAGCUGGGGACACAACGCCUCCCACCAAAAGGAAAAGCAAGUUCUCAGGCUUUGGCAAAAUCUUCAAGCCCUGGAAAUGGAGGAAAAAAAAAAGUAGUGAUAAAUUCAAAGAGACAUCAGAAGUUCUAGAGCGGAAAAUAUCUAUGCGCAAACCCAGAGAAGAACUGGUUAAAAGAGGGGUUCUGCUGGAAGACCCUGAGCAAGGUGCUGAGGAUGCCGGAAAGCCAAGUUAUACCACAUUAAAGAAUGGCCAUACCACCCCCCUAGGGAGCACUGGGUCCUCCAGUCUAGUCCAAAUAGAGGAAGAGCCAGCAGGCAUAGCGAGUCUUCGGAAAGCUAUUCCCGAAGAGGAUCCGAAGAAGCGACUUGGCUCAACCGGAAGCUGGUCUAAUUCUGAUGGAGAGUCUGUUCCUGAGAGUGUACCCAAACAGCCUUUAUUUCCCCCCAAAAGACCCUUGUCUUCUUCCUAUGAAGGAAAUGAAGGGCAAGCAAAGAAUGCCUCUUCAGGCAGCAUGGCAAGGUCCAUCUCUUCCACUUCCACCUCUUCCAUCAACGCAACACCUGCUGCCACUACAGCUGCCACAGGUCUGGCAAAGACUGCUAAUGCCUUCAUUACCCCUUCCCCGGCACCCAGGACUCUGACUUCUGCUCCCACCAGCACCAACACUACUACCACCCCAAGCCUUACUCACCCAGUCUCUGCCAAGCAGCCUCCUAUUCCUCCACCUAAACCAGCUCACAGAAAUAGCAACCCUGUAAUUGCGGAACUGUCUCAAGCAAUUAACAAUGGUACACUGUUAUCAAAACCCUCCCCACCCUUGCCACCCAAAAGAAGCAUUCCAUCAAGCCUCGUCCCCACCUCUGAACCUGCUGCUGUUACCACCACCAAAACACUAAGUGACCAGAGGGAGAAGAACACUGGCUCUGUUAGCUGUGAACCUGUGCUGGUGGUCCCGCCCCUCUCCCCGUCCCCGCCUCUGCCUACUCACAUUCCCCCUGAGCCCCCACGCUCCCCUCUGUUGCCUACAAAGACUUUUGAAGUUGUGCCAGAAAUGAAGUUUCUUCCAUCCAUAGAUCCACCCCAAGAAACUCCACAACAGGAAGAUGAGAAAAAAGAACUUCCCAAGAGGAUAUUGGACCAUAGCUUUGGGGAGCCCCAUGUACCCUCCAGGCUGCCCCCAGUCCCACUGCAUAUUCGAAUCCAGCAGGCCCUGACCAGCCCACUUCCCAUGACCCCUCCCUUGGAGGGCUUUCACAGAGCUCAUUCAUUGCUCUUUGAGAACAGUGACAAUUUUUCUGAAGAUAGCAACACCCUGGGCCGGACCAGGUCACUUCCUGUCACUAUUGAAAUGCUCAAAGUUCCAGACGAUGAAGAAGAGGAGGAGCAGCUCUGCCCGUCUGCCUUCAGCAUAGACAUGACCUCUACCUCAGCCACUCCUGCACAGCCGCACUGUCUGCAGCAGGAAGAGGAAGGCAAGGAGAGUGACUCUGACUCAGAGGGUCCCAUCCAGUAUCGGGAUGAAGAGGAUGAAGAUGAAAGCCAUCAGAGUGCUCUGGCCAACAAAGUGAAGAGAAAAGACACACUGGCCAUGAAGUUGAACCACAAACCUAGUGAACCAGAGUUGAACUUGAACCCUUGGCCUCAUAAAAGCAAGGAGGAGUGGAAUGAAAUUCGGCACCAGAUUGGAAACACACUGAUCCGACGACUGAGUCAAAGACCAACCCCAGAAGAAUUAGAGCAGCGAAAUAUACUGCAACCUAAAAAUGAAGCUGAUCGUCAGGCCGAAAAACGAGAGAUCAAACGUCGCCUCACUAGAAAGCUCAGUCAAAGGCCAACUGUGGCUGAGCUCCUGGCCAGGAAGAUUCUGAGGUUUAACGAAUACGUGGAGGUAACAGAUGCUCAGGAUUAUGACCGGCGGGCUGACAAACCUUGGACCAAACUGACUCCUGCUGACAAGGCUGCCAUAAGAAAAGAAUUAAAUGAAUUUAAAAGCUCGGAAAUGGAGGUUCAUGAAGAGAGCAAACAUUUCACACGCUACCAUCGUCCAUGAGAUUGAGUGUGAGAGAGGAGCUGGAUGACCUGUCCCCGCGCUCAAGGCUGCUUUGCUGCUUCUGUCUCCAGGGUGACAUGUGGAAGGGACUUCAGCACUUCUCUGCACCCCCAGAACUGUUGUGGGAUGAACAACGCUUGUAUGAAUGUAGCAUUUCACUGGAUGGGGUUCUCUGUGCUGCCCUGGGGGCAAAAGGGAACCCUCUGUCGGUGCUAUUGAGCUUUUCCGUGUUCCAGCUUACCUGCCUGGCCACCAGCAUUCUGGGCCACUUGCCUGUUCUGGGUUUCAUUGGCUCCCUGCCCCCCUCACCCUCUGGUGACUGUUCUCAGUAUGUACUGUUAACCUUACCUGCCCUGCCUGGGUUCUGUGCAGGCAUGAAACAGCCAUCAGGGAAGCCAGUAGUGGCAAGAACCUUCUGGGGGUCCUUCCACAACGGAGCGGCCACCUCGAGGGAUGCCUUUGUCCCAUGCCGGCAUGCCAGCUGAAAGCAGGCACCAAGCCUGCUGGAAAGUAGCACUGUGGUCCUCUGCAGGCGCCCGAGCCUGGGGCUGGUCAGGCUCUGACCUGCUGCUCUUCCAUCAGCCUGGCUUCUAUGUAUAAGUGCUCUGGAGGGUGUCAUAGGAACGUUGUUUUGCUUGUCAUAAAUAGUCUGAGCUGCAACCAGAAUCCAAGUUGGUUAAAUGAAAAACAUGUAUCUUUUCUACAUACAGAAACAAGGAAAGGCCUUAUUAUUGAUGCCAACUUGGCCAAAAACUGACCAGUGGCUCUGGUAUUUGUGUUACCUCCAAGCAGUGCUGCCAUGCAUCCCUCUAGAAAGUGGAGCUGUGGCAGCUCUAUGGGCACAUCUGUGGGCCGCUGGCCCCACUCUCCAGCCGGAAUCUCACCACAGCUCUAAGGGAUGAGGGGUCAGCCACGGGAGCAGGUCUGUGAGAAGCAUGAGCAGGCUUGAUGCAGCCCCUGCUCCUCCUUCCCGGUGCUGUGUGCCCUCUGCUGUUGCACUGGCCCGCCUGC